UCACUCAACAUCUCUCCUCAUGUCAUAUCGAUGACUCACGCUUACGGUGCAACGGAUGUUGGACCUGGUAGCCAUAUGCACAGCAAGAAACAUGCGAAGUGGAGUAUGUUAGGGUCUCUGCAUUUGCGAACAUUGUCGAAGAGCGAAAAAAGUGAACAAAGUUGCUCCGCAGGUAACAAGUUCAACUUGCAGGCGGAGAUGGGACUAGAGAGCACACAGCCCUGUCUUGAACACUUUGCGCGCGAUUGGGCAACUGAAGAGGAUGAAGAGAUCGAGCACAAGAGCGCUCAUAGGGAGGGGAAAGACUUGUGAGUUAGGCGCCAUGCGCGUGCAGUUUGAGACGGCAAGGAUAGAGGCUUCGAGCUCGUGCAUAAGAUAGUGAUUGAAUGUUCGCAUGACAAAACCCUGUAAUAUGCGUAUUGAUAGAUGAUAUAUAUGUCUUC